AUGAACAACUUUGGCGUCUACGAGCUAGCCAGCAAAAAGGUUACAAACGCCCCGGGAUGGGCCUACGUCCCCGACACGGGCCUCAACCCGGCCGCCGCCGCCCUCCAACCCGCGAACCGCAAGCGCGCCGCCCGCAGCAAGGCGAACCCCUCCGCCUCGGACCUCACCGUGCGGCAAGAGGCCAAGAUCCGCAAGGAGCUCGAGCAGCUGGACCGCGACGGCGGGCGUGAUGCCUCGAUACCCAUCCCGGCCAAGGCCUCUAGAGGUCAGAACAAGAGCACGCCAGCUAUCCGCAAAAUCCUCCAAUCCCAAAAGACGUUCCACAAUCACUGCGACGACCACCUCGCCCUCCUCUCGCAUGCCGGGAACGCGCCGGCGCCGCACCCGAACCAGCACACGGCCAAACCGGCCAACAAACCACCCCAUCCGAACCAGCACACCAAGCGCAACGCCGCCAAGCGCUCAAAACCCUCGACGCCGAAGCCGCCAGUGGAACUGGACGAUGUCGAGAUGACGCCCGCGCCGUCGACUGCGGCGGGAGAGGAUUCUGCGACGGCGGCGACAGCAACAUCGACAACGGAUCCGGUACUCACGCCCUAUGAUAAACCGGGCCCGGCACCGCACCCCGGCGACGACGAUCCGCUGCUCGUGUCACGGGUCCCCGAGAUGCCGACGGACGAGGAGCUCAAGUGGCUGCUGUCGCGGCCGAUGCUGAGCUUCUGGGACGCGAGGGCCGAGUGGGGCGACGACGACACGCGGUACCCCGAGAGGACGUUCUGCGAGGUGUGCGGGUAUUGGGGCCGGGUCAAGUGUAUGAAGUGCGGGACCAGGGUUUGCGCUUUGGAUUGUCUCGAGACGCACCGGGAGGAGUGUUUCACGAGGUAUGGCAUUUGA